UCCGGACACUCCAGCCCGUCCGGCCCUUCCCCUCCCGGGCAGGGAGCGGGGCCGCACCGACAAGAUGAUCGAUACCCCGGCGAGCGGCGGCGCUCGGGACCCGGCGCUGGAGCUGCCCGCGAUGCUGGAGCAGGAGCUGCGGGCCCAGCCCCGCGCCGCCGGGCUCCGGCUGCUCGAGGCUGCCCACGACAAUGGGCUGCGAAUGACAGCACGGCUGCGAGACUUCGAGGUGAAGGAUCUCCUCAGCUUGACUCAGUUCUUUGGCUUCCACACCGAGACGUUCUCGCUAGCCGUGAAUUUCUUGGAUAGAUUCUUGUCAAAAAUGAAGGUACAGCCUAAACACUUGGGCUGUGUUGGACUCAGCUGCUUCUACUUGGCUGUGAAGGCAUCAGAAGAAGAGAGGAAUGUGCCCUUGGCCACUGAUUUAAUCCGAAUCAGCCAGUAUAGAUUCACUGUUUCUGAUAUGAUGAGGAUGGAGAAAAUCAUACUGGAGAAAUUGGGUUGGAAAAUCAAAGCUAUAACUGCCUUCCAAUUUCUACAGCUCUAUCAUUCAUUCAUUCAUGAGAAUUUAAGCUGUGAAAGGAGAAAAUACCUUAAUUUUGAGAGACUUGAGACCCAGCUUAAGGCCUGUUACUGCAGAAUCAUGUUUUCUAAAGCUAAGCCUUCUGUCUUGGCACUGUCUAUUUUGGCACUAGAGAUAGAAGAACAAAAACUGCUGGAGUUGACAGAGCCAUUGGAAUUUCUACAGUUACAUUCCAAGAUAAGCAACAGAGAAUUGACCUUCUGGAAGGAGCUAGUGUUGAAGUGCCUUAGAGAAUAUUCCUCAAGCAAGUGUUCCAAACCAAAUGUGCAGAAAUUAAAAUGGAUUGUGUCUGGACGUACAGCUCGGCAGCUUAAACACAGCUACUACAGAAUAGCACACCUUCCUACCAUUCCAGAGACCACCUCAUAACAGGAGUACAAUAAAAUUGGAAGAUCAUCCUGUGAUCUUGUCAACAGGCACACAGAUAUCUGAGAAACAGUCUGAACCAUGAUCUUAAUAAUGAAGAGCUCAACUCAUGGAAAGAACAUGUAACACUUCAGACUAAAGAUCCUUCUAGCAAAUACCAGUUCUUUUCAUGAUGAA